AUGGGGUCAGCCAGGAAUUCACCGCGGUUCCGCAAGCUCCAGAGCUUCCAGACCGACUAUGCCCCAACCACUGUGACUCAGUAUGAAUCUGAGAGGAGCGGCAUGCAGGUCAUCGUGGCCGAUCGCAAGGGUCCCAAGGUCAACGGCUACUUCACUCUGGCUACUGAGAUUUUUGAUGACUCGGGAGCUCCUCACACCCUCGAGCAUCUGAUUUUCAUGGGAUCGAGAAGCUACCAGUACAAGGGACUGCUCGACAAACUUGCUGGCCGAGCUUACGCAGGCACAAAUGCGUGGACCGCUGUCGACCACACCGCCUACACUCUCGAGGCCGCUGGCUGGGACGGCUUCGCCCAAAUAUUGCCGGUAUAUCUGGAACAUCUCAUCUUGCCCACGAUUACCGACGAAGCCUGCAUUACAGAGGUCCACCAUGUGGACGGGGAAGGCAACGAUGCCGGCGUUGUCUAUUCCGAGAUGCAGGCUCUUCAGUAUAGCAGUUCCGAGUUGAUGGACUUGCGCGCCCGUCGGUUGCUUUAUCCCGAGAAUGUUGGUUUCAGGUACGAGACUGGCGGCAUGAUGGAGGCUCUGAGAGUCUUGACACCCGAGCGGAUCCGUGAAUUCCACAAAGCCAUGUACCAACCUCGCAAUCUGGCAAUUGUGAUAGUGGGGGAAGCAGACCAUCAGGAUCUCUUACAGAUCCUGGACCAGUUUGAAGAGAGUGUUCAGGACUCGAUUCCUCCCAUUGAUGCCCCUUUCAAACGGCCCUGGAUUGACUCUGCACAACCGCCAAAGAUCGCAAAGACGAUCGUCGAGACUGUAGAGUUUCCCGAAGAUGACGAGUCCACGGGCGAGAUUGUUACCGCGUUCUUUGGUCCAAACUGCACCGACAUGAUCGCCACGUCUGCCCUAAAUGUUCUGCUCACUUAUCUGUGCGGAUCAUCGGUGUCCAUCUUGGAGAAUGUGAUUGUUGAAAGGGAGCAGCUGGCAAGCUCAGUCGGGUACUGGUGGGACAGUCGUCCGAAUUCUGUCAUCUGGUUCCAGCCAACGGGCGUGGAGACAGAAAAGCUCGCCUUCGUCGAGAAGCGCGUCCAUGAGCUUCUGCAGGAGGUUGUUUCUAAACCUCUUGACAUGGACUACAUGAAGGAGUGUAUUGCUCGAGAACUUCGCCAGGUCAAGUACCAGGCCGAGGGCUCUGAGCAGUUCUACUCCAGCAACAUCAUCACGGAUUAUCUCUUUGGCAAGCGCGAUGGGUCGACUCUUGUGGACCUCAAGAGUAUCGACGAGUACGCCACUCUCGAGACAUGGUCUGACAGGCAAUGGCGAGAUUUCCUCAAGCAUUGGCUGACUGACGCCAAUCACAUCUCCAUACUAGGAAAGCCUUCCCAGAAGCUUGCUGCUGACCUGAAGACGGCGGAGGAGGCGAGACUCGCCAAGAGAAGGGAGGAACUCGGGCCAGAAGGCCUCAAGAAGCUUCAUGAAAAGUUGGAACAUGCCAAAGAGAAGAACGACCACAAGAUUCCUGAUUCCGUCCUCGACCAAUGGCAGGUGCCCAGCACUGAAUCCAUUCACUUUAUCGAGUCAAGCACUGCAAGGUCAGGCAAGGCCAAGAAAUUGGGUGUCCCCGACAACAGUGCGCAGAAGCGUAUCGACGCCGUCGCUCAAGGCCAACCGGUGUUUAUCCAGUUCGAGGAUGUGCCAUCCAAUUUUGUGCACAUAACCGUCCAUAUUGGUGUCUCGAAGGCCCCAGUCAAGCUGAAGCCGCUGCUUGCCCUCUUCUCGGACAACUUCUUCAACAGCCCUAUUAUGCGCGACGGCCAAAGGGUCGACUUUGAAGAGGUUGUCAAGGAACUGGAAAAGGACACUAUCAGUUAUCAAUAUGGGUCCGGCUCUAGACUGGGUGAUAUGGAGAGCAUGGCCAUCCAGUUCCAGAUCGAACCCGAAAAGUAUGCAACGAUAGUACAGUGGAUUCGGACGCUUUUGUUCGACAGCAUCUUCGACGUGCAACGCCUCAAGGCUUGCGUGGCCAAGGCACUUGCCGACAUCCCCGAGUCGAAGCGCGAUGGCCGAAUCAUGGCGAUGGAAGUCGACAUGGCGCUGCACAUGGCCAAGGAGUCAUUCCCCGUUACCAAGAGGACUCUCGUCAAAGCCGUUUACCUGCGCCGUCUGAAGAAGCUCUUGCAGAACGACCCGGACACCGUCAUCUCGUGGUUCGAGGAGCUCCGCAAGUCGCUCUUCACCUUCGAGAACAUUCGCGUCCUUGUGACCGCCGAUGUGGCCAAGCUGGCCGACCCGGUCAAGACGUGGGACAUCCUCGCCAAGGACAUGGACACCUCGCCCGAGGUCCUCCCCAUCGUCAAGCCCGACACCAUGCUCAGCGAUGAGGGCCGCAAGCCAGGCAGCAUCGGCACCACGAUCAUCCCCAUGACCACCCUCGACUCUUCGUACAGCUACUCCUUCGCCUCGGGGCUAUCGUCGUAUGCCGACCCGCGCCUGCCCGCCUACCUGGUCGCGGUCGGCUACCUCGAGGCCGUCGAGGGCCCACUGUGGACCGCCGUCCGCGGCAACGGCCUGGCCUACGGGGUGUCGUUUGGCCGCGAGGUGGACGGCGGCUACCUCGAGUUCAAGGUCUACCGCUCGCCCGACGCCAGCCGCGCCAUCGAGGCGUCGCGCCAGGCCGUCGAGGCGCUGGCCGGCGGCGCGGAGCCCCUGGACCGGCACCUGGUCGAGGGCGCCGUCAGCGGCGUCGUCAUGGGCUUCGCCGACGACCAGGCGACCAUGGCGGCGGCGGCGCAGCAGAACUACAUCCGCGGCGUCGUCCGCGGCCUGCCCGAGGGCUGGGAGAAGGACAUGAUGCGCAAGGUGCGCGAGGUGACGCCCGACGAGAUCCGCGCCGUCAUGCGCGACGUGCUGCUGCCCGUCUUCAAGCCCGGCACGAGCAACGUUGUGGUUACGUGCGCGGCGCUCUCGGAGGAGCCGAUGACCAAGGCCUUCCAGAACAUGGGGUACAAGGUGCAGACCAAGAAGCUGGCCGAUUUCCACGAUGACUACGGCCUCAAGGGCGGCGACGACGACGACGACGACGUGGAUGGAGCAGACGACGACGACGAUGACGAGAGUGACGACAUGAGCGAGGAGGAGGAUGCGCUGAUGGACGGCGCGGACGGUGACUCCGAGUUUGACGACGAGAUGGAGGAGUGA